CUGUUCAUGAUAUACAAGUGAAGUGACUACCCGUAGAAUGCUAUUGCGCAUGCGCGAGAGUUCGCAGAAUGAGGGAAUCCAUAUACACAAUUCAAUAAUCUAUACAAUCUAUCCACUAUUUGUUUCGUUAUGUACUACUGUAUGUUAAGGUCUUUGAACAACAACGGGAAAAACCUAAUACGACUUGUUAAAGCAUCAGUCUGUCAAACACCAUGUGAUACGUCAUCAAAGCUUUGCAUUGUAUGCCACUCCACACAUUCAACUGUGUCAAGCAGUUUGCGACCCAUAACGCACGUUCUACGAAGACACUGGACUCAUCAAACAACAUCAUAUCGCUGCGUGGGCUCCACUGUGCGCACAAAACCUAUGCCAAGUGCCUUUCCUGUUAUAGAUGGAGGAUUUCAGCCAGUUCACAAACACGUAUAUGAGGCAAAUCUCAGGAACAGCCUGAUAUGUCAGCAAAAGUACCUCGAACACAAGCAGAAGGUAUUAAAGGGGGGUGGUGAAAAUGCCAUAGCUCGGCAUACGCAGAGGAAUCAAAAGGUCCUGGUAAGAGACAGACUGCGGAUGCUGCUGGACGAUGAAAAUUAUUUAGAGCUUUCUCCUUUUGCAGGAGAUGGUCUGCCCUACGGCGAUAUCCCAUCAGCAGGCUGUCUUACAGGAAUUGGUCAGAUUAAUGGACUAUGGUGUGUGUUCAUUGCAAAUGAUGCUACCGUGAAGGGAGGCACAGCAUAUCCUAUCACUGUUAAAAAGCAACUCAGGGCUCAAGACGUGGCCAUGCAGAAUCGUCUCCCCUGUGUUUACUUGGUGGACAGCGGUGGUGCAUUUCUACCUCUUCAGUCAGAGAUUUUUCCUGAUAAAAACCAAGGAGGCCGGACCUUUUACAAUGAAGCAGUUAUGUCAGCAAUGAAGAUUCCACAGGUGGCAGUAGUGUGUGGGUCAUGCACUGCCGGUGGUGCAUAUGUUCCAACUAUGGCUGAGGAGGCGGUGAUUGUCCAUAGGAUAGGAACAAUAUUUUUGGGUGGUCCACCCCUGGUGAAAGCUGCGACUGGUGAGGAAGUUACUCCAGAAGAUUUGGGAGGAGCCAGACUACACUCAGAAGUGAGCGGCUGUGUGGACCAUUUUGCAACAGUGGAGAGUGAAGCAUAUGAGUAUACCCGAAACAUCAUCUCUACCUUAAACUUUGAGCUUCCAGAGGAGAGCAGCAUUCAGUCUGCGGAGCCUCUGCACAGCAGUGAGGAUCUCCUGGGACUUGCCCCCCGGAGUUACAACUACAGCUUGGAUGUUAGACUAAUUGUGAGUCGACUGACCGAUGGGAGUCGGUUUCAGGAGUUCAAGGCACGCUAUGGGACAACCCUUGUCACAGGCUUUGCCAAAAUUGAAGGUCAUCAGGUUGGAAUUGUGGCAAAUAAUGGAGAACUGACAUAUGACGCUUCACUGAAAGGCAGUCAUUUUGUCCAGCUAUGUGAACAGAGAGACAUGCCUCUGAUUUUCCUGCAGAACACAUCGCCGGCGCCUUCACACACCUUCUCACAAGCCAAGGCAGAGUCCAACACUAACAGACUGAAAGCUCAGGGCUCCAUGAUGUCUGCUGUGGCAUGUGCUUCUGUUCCCAAAAUUACUGUUGUAAUUGGAGGAUGUCAUGGAAGUGACAGCUAUGCUAUGUGCGGAAGGGCUUUUGAUCCUAACUUCCUGUUCCUGUGGCCAAAUGCAAAAGUGUCGAUUUUGGCACCAGGCCACUCACAAGCAUUGAUGCAGACAGAAGAGGAAAUUACUCAGAUUAAUGAGAUGUUGGAGGAAGAGAGUUCAGCUUUUUUCUCUACUGGCAGACUGUGGGAUGAUGGAGUUAUUCUACCUCAAGACACUAGACAGGUUUUAGGCAAGUGUUUGAAAAUUAUUAAACAACAGGUAUACCAGUUGUCCAGGGAAAGGAUGAGGACACCUAUUCUCCGACUGUAACUCCACCACUUCAUCCACCUCAGUGGACUCAGUGUUUUAUGAAAUUAGUGCUUAAUUGUCUUUUUAUUACAUUUACUGUAAUCACAAAUGGUGCCAAAUGAAUACUUUCUAUAUGGUUAAAUAACUUGUGCAUAUAGAAUUUUGUUUAUAAAUUAUUUGAAUAAAUUAAUGUUAAGAAAUAA